AUCAGGAUCAGAUGGGCUGAAUUAAUAGCAACGAUAAGUCAUAAACACGUCAAAUACUUCGUCAGGUUUUCCUAAUUAAAGUUAAACAAUCCAGAAGAAAUAUGGAUUGCGGUGAUAUUAUCUUGAAGAAACUGCUAGGGGAGGGUUCGAGGUGUACAUUAUGCGGGAAAGAUCCGGAAGAAAGUACUGUUCUUUCAUGCUCGCACCAGUUUUGUUUGGAUUGCUUCAAGAACUACACGGCUGUGGUGGGCGAGAUGGAUGACGACUUCCAGUGCCCGAACGGUUGCGAGGGGAGCGCCCUGAAGCUCGCCCGAUGCCCCACCACCGCUGACUCGGGUAGCAUGUCACCAGAGGUGCAGAAUAUGUGUAAUGGCGAGAAGGAGCAGAAUAUUGAUCAAGACUUUAGCCAGCUGAGAUGCAGCUCCUGUGAUUCGGUCGACGCUGUCGCUACGGCAUGUUGUGACGAAUGCGAGGGGUUCCUCUGCGAUGAUUGCGUCCUUGCGCACACCAAGCUUCGUCGCCUCAUGAAAACCCAUCACGUCGUGCCGCUUGAGGAUCUGAAGAGCGGAAAGGCGAAGAUGAAGCCGAAAGCGAAAAGAUGCAGUAUCCAUGACGACGAAAAACUGACUUUCUUCUGCGCUACUUGCCGGAUCAUGGUAUGUCCACAGUGCGCCGUCAUGCAGCAUCAAAAGCCUGAACAUGACUGCGUCGAGCUGAAGACAGCACAAACGAAAUUCGACCAACUCAUGGGAAACCUGGCAGCAAAGUGUGAGACGAAAUUGAAGGAUACCGCUUCUCAAAUUUCCCAGAUUGCAAAGACAAAGCACGAAGUCGAACUGGAGAUAAAAACAGUAGAACAAAUCAUCAACAGCACAGCAGAGCAGGUGAUCGAAGCGGUGAACGCUAACCGAGAUAAACUGUUGAAGGAGGUUGCCGAGGCGAGAGAUGCAUUGAUGAUGAAGAUGGAGAGACUUGAAGAUGCGAACCAAUUCCUGGUUGACCGAUUAAGCAGUGCGAAAAAGGUGAUGGGAGCUGAGGGGCAGAGUGGACUUAAUUUACAGCACAGCAGAGCAGAUGCCUUUUUUACGCGCGUUGACGAGAUUCUGGCGCGAAAAGAAAGGGAUAUGGACAUUGAAGAAGUGAAGGAAUACGUGCGCCGCAUUGGGUUCAAGAGAGCUUUGUCUUGCUGCGAGCAGACGACAACGAUCGGAGAACUCUUCCAACUCUCCGAGUGGGAAAUUCAUCGUGAAUACGACCUCGAAUCGCCCGUGUCGACAAUGACGGCCUUUCCGGAUGGUCGGAUCGCCAUCGCCUGCGAGGACGAUACCGAGGGGCUGAUGAUGGUGUUGUCGAACGGUUCUAGAGAGCGCGUCCUCGAUGGCGUCAAGGUGAAACACGCCGCUGCCUUGUCUGACGGGCGAUUCGUGAUCAUCGACCACGAAAAUCGACUUCGUUUGUUUUCUUCCCUCGGUCGGGAAAAUCCAGCGGUGUAUUACGACCAUCCGGAGGACCUGUCCAAGGAUGCAGUUCCGGUAUGCGUCACACAAGGCCGAGAUCACGAACACAUCCUGGUUAGUUUCAACGGAUCGUCUGCAUGCUACGUCUAUCCAAUUUUUGGCGCGAAACCAGUCACAAAAAUCACAACGGGAAACGUUUGCCCACAGCAGCUGGUCGUGACUAGGAAAGCCGAUGACCUCAUCAUCAUCGCCGUCAAUACCCAGAGCGUGGUCGCCGUCGACGAGUCGGGCUCCAUCCUCUGGCGUCUGGAAGAAACCGAUGCCAUUGCUCUCGUACCGGCCGUGUUCAAUGACAACGUAUUCAUCGCAUCGAUACACCACAACAGCGACGACGAUGAUGUCGAAAGCACCAAUCUUACUAUCGAUAGCUACACCAUUGACGGAGAACUGAUCGAAUCGCUGGUUCAAAAUGAGAAAGUUGAAAAGCAAGAUGCAAUGAAAUUGCAGAUGAUUCUGUUGUCGAAAGCGAAGUUGGCUGUGAGUAUUGCGAAUCGAUGCCUCGUAUACCAUGGUCCUCAAAGUCUGGACGCCAUCGCGGAAUAAAGAUAAGCACGAAUGAUAAAGUAUCAUCUACAUAAGUGCUGCUUGUCAUGUUAUGCUUGUGUAUGUUAUUCAUUGCAUAUCGUAUUUGACGUGUGGCGUAUUUGUUGAAGUUGUUUAUUUAUCAAUUAAAUCGAACAGUACAAGUUUUUUUUUAGGGGGGCAACAACACACAACGCACGUUAUUUUAUUGAUGUAUCUUUUUCCUGGUAUAUGAACGUCAGGAUGUGUUUUAAUUUAUUAUGGUAAACAAUAUAUUUUCAGGUGACGAUUAUAAUGGUUCUCUUAUAGGCUCAAAAUAUUGUUUCAGAAAACAUAUUUUUGGAAAGUUUUAAGAACAGUUAUGAUUAAAUGUCCUGGAGAAAAGCUAUCCUAUCUAUCUAUCUAUCUUGUAAGGUAUGCUAAACAAACAGAUUCAGUGUUGUUAUUUUCAGUACCGCGUGGAAUCUUUGACACGUAUUUGAAGGUAUUAUACGUAAAUUUAAAAUAAAUAAUUAUUUUGUAAAGAAAGUUUGGCUUGCAUCCAGUAAUUAAAGAUCGCAGGCAUUGAAAGUACUCCCUGGAAUCCUACCUUUCAUAUAGUUAUGUUGUGACAUAUCAUUUAUCAACUGGGCAUCAUUUCAGUUGAAAAUAAAAAUGAUGGCGGUGGCAUGUAUGCACUUAUUUCUAUCGGGUCAAAUUCGUCAUUUCUGUACGUUUUGAUAGUUUUUUGUAUGAAAAAAAAAAAAAAAAUCGGAAAUGAUGGGGUUGAUGAUGAAAUGUGCUAUUGCCUGAAAAAUAGCUUCUUUAUAUAAUUGUCUUUUUAAAACAAUGAGUACUAUUUGUUUCACUUUGAGCAAACGAACUUAUUUGUGGUCACCUCACCGGGGGAUCAACAGGAACACAUUCACUGAAUAUGCUCACUCCUCCCUCGAAACAAACCGCUAAUGCGUUCCGCUACACACGAAUGGCGGAUUUUCUUGGUUAUUAGCCCCCCCCCCCCCCCGCCCCUCCUUGCACUUUCUGACCACUGUGAAUUAACCUUUGGUAAUUUGGAGGAUUCCUUUUUCAAAAACCUUCAACGCAUUUCCUUUUUUAAAAAUAAUUGAUUAAGGUCAAAUAUUAUUGCAGCAAACUAAGCUAUUUGUCAGUCCUUCUUCUGUUUUCAUAACAGGAAAUAAAAGUGCUAUGAACGUGAUAAAAGAAUGUAAAUCUGUACACAGGAGAAAAAAAGUUCGAUUUGUUUCUAUCUGUAAAUACAUUUAUGCUGCACCUUCCAAAUGUAUACUCCAUGCAAAAGUCUUUUCUGUUCUAUAGAUUUACCUUUUCAAACUUAAUUCAAUAUGUCACGUUUGGUUAAAUUAUUGUAACUAUAUUGAAUAUACUUGUAAAUAUGUACCGUAUUAAAUGGAGUUGAU